AUGGAAAAAGUAUCGAAUCUGAAUGAACAAUUAUUAAGUGAUAAAUCAAAUGUAAUCAAAGGUCUAUAUAUCUCAACAGAUGGAACAAAAAAAUCCCGUUAUAUUAUCGGAACAUUUAAUGAUCUUAGUACACUUUUAGCAGGAAAUAAAAUUCGCAAAUGUACUAUAGAAUAUCUAAACGGAAGUUAUAAACUUUUAUAUGAUUCGCAAUCAAAAGAAUCACAAAACGAAUAUUUAGCUCGCUAUGUUGAUAACACAAAUGUUAAUGGGCCUGUCAUUAUAAUAAACGAAGAAAGAGAUUUGAAAGAUACAGAGCAUAAAACGUUGGGAAAAACUGCAUUAAAAAAUGUAGAUUGGAUUGGCUUUACAUUAGAUUAA